GAGCUACUUCUCUUGACCCUCCUGUGCUCACCAUGGGGGACUCUGCUCUCUGCCUGGUGGCCGUGUUUGCUUUCUACUUCCCGGCUGUUUCUCACAGCCAACUCUACUCCCUGAUCACGCCCAACGUCCUGCGGGUGGAGAGUGAAGAGAAGGUCGUGGUGGAAGCCCAUGGCCUCCAUGCCCCAAUCGCAGUUACAGUCACCGUACUGGACUUCCCGCUUAAGCAACACAUCUUAUGCCAGGUCCAAACCGACCUCAACCCUGCGAAUGGGAUGAUGGGCACAGCCGUAAUAAAGGUUCCCACCAAAGACAUAAAGAAAGAUUCUAAACGAAACCAGUAUGUUGUGGUCCAGGCUAAGUUCCCUCAGCACACCCUGGAGAAAGUGGUUCUGGUCCAUUUCCACAGUGGAUACAUCUUUAUCCAGACAGAUAAAACCAUCUAUACACCCGGGUCUAGAGUCCUCUACCGGAUCUUCACCGUGGGUCACAAACUGGAACCAGUGUCUAAGACAGUGAUCGUGGAGUUUGAGAGCCCUGAGUCCAUUAUUGUCAAGCAGAUUCUCAUCUCCACCCCCUUGGUAUCCGGCAUCUUCUCCCUGAACCACACCUUGCCGGAGAUUGUCAGUCUGGGAACCUGGAAGAUCACGGCCAGGUAUGAAGACUCCCCUCAGCAGACCUUCAGUGCGCAAUUUGAUGUUAAGGAGGACGUGUUGCCGAGUUUUGAAGUCAUAUUGGAACCGUCCGAGAAGUUUUUAUACAUCGAUAGCAAUGAAGACUUCAGGGUUUCUAUCACUGCGAGGUACCUAUAUGGAAAAAAACUAGAUGGCAAUGCCUUUGUCCUCUUUGGGGUGAAGAUGGAUGAUGAGAAGAGGAGUAUCCCACAGUCUCUCAAGAGAAUCUCGAUAGAAGACGGAGAUGGGGAAGCAACGCUGACCAGAGAGAUGCUGCGGGCUCCGUUCGCCAACCUGCAUGAACUGGUUGGCCACUCGCUCUACGUCUCUGUCACCGUUUUGACAGAAUCUGGGAUCUGUGUGGCUGACCCCUAUGAGAUAAAAGUAACGAAAGAUUUUUUCAUUGACCUCCAUCUGCCCUACUCUGUAGUGAGGAAUGAGCAGGUGGAAAUCCGGGCUAUUCUCUACAACUAUCAGUACCAAACAAUUAAGGUCCGGCUGGAGCUGCUGCACAACCCAGUUUUCUGCAGCGCAUCCACUUCCAAGGCUAAAUACCGGCAGAUCCUUGACAUCAAAGCCAAGUCCUCCCUGGCCGUGCCAUUAGUGAUUGUCCCUUUGCAGCUGGGAUCUCACUACAUUGAGGUCAAGGCAGCAGUGUGGGGCAGUUUUGUGUCUGAUGGCGUGAGGAAGAAACUGAAGGUUGUGCCUGAAGGGAUGCGGAUGACCAAAACAAUUAUGUCUGUCGUAUUGGAUCCAUCUGCGAAAGGAGCAGGGGGAGUCCAGGAAGUGAAGGUGAAAGCGGCAGAUAUAGAUGACAUGGUUCCAAACACAGAAUCGGAGACCAAAGUCAGAAUACAAGGAAACCCUGUGACAAUCAUUGUCGAAAACUCCAUCGACGGGGCCAACCUGAAGCACCUCAUUGUGACGCCGUCUGGCUCCGGGGAAGAGAACAUGAUCGGCAUGACCCCCCCCGUCAUCGCCACCAUCUACCUGGACAGCACCGAGCAGUGGGAAAGGAUUGGGGUGGAACGCAGGGCGGAAGCCAUCAAGUUGAUCAUGCAAGGUUACACGCAGCAGAUGGUUUACAAAAAACCCGACUUCUCAUACGCUGCUUUCAAAGACCGGCCAGCAAGCACUUGGCUGACGGCGUACGUGGUGAAGGUCUUUGCCAUGGCUAAGAAACUGGUGCCCAUUGAAAACCAAGUUAUCUGCGGGGCGGUGAAAUGGCUGAUCCUGGAAAAACAGAAACUGGAUGGGGUCUUCCAAGAAGAUGCCCUCGUAAUCCACGGAGAGAUGAUUGGAGGGUACAAGGGUGCUGAGCCUGAUGUCUCUUUAACGGCUUUUGUGCUGAUUGCCUUGGAGGAGGCCAAGGACAUCUGCAAGGAUCAAGUCAACAGUUUCGAAGGCAGCAUCAGCAAAGCCGCUGACUACUUAGCCCAAAGGUACCAGUCUCUAACCAGACCUUACACUGUGGCUCUUGUGUCCUGUGCCUUAGCCAUGGUGGGGACACUGAACACCGAGACGACGCUCAUGAGUGCUUCGACAGAGGGAAAUCGCUGGGAAGAGCUGAACGCCCGCACCUUCAACAUUGAGGGCACCUCGUACGCCUUGCUGGCCUUGCUGAAAAUGAAGAAGUAUGAGUUGACUGGUCCCAUAGUCAGAUGGCUGAGAGAGCAGAACUACUAUGGCGGGGGAUAUGGAUCUACCCAAGCUACCAUCAUGGUGUUCCAGGCUCUUGCGCAGUACCAGAUAGACAUUCCGCAGCACAAAGACUUGAAUUUGAAUGUUACUAUUCUCCUGCCGCGCCGUGCUAAUCCAAUAAAGUACAGCAUCUUAAAUCACAACGCUCUGGUGGCCCGAACAGCAGAGGUAUCAUCCUUUCUGUGUGAUUAG